CUCAUCGUAUCACAAUGGCGGCCGCCUGAUGAAUUUUCUUCUUACUCUUCAUAGAGCGCAAAUGGAGAAAAUAACCUUGGCACAAACAGCACAAUUCUUUUACUUGAGAGUAAAACUGUAAGUAAAUAUCAAGUUUGCGUCUUCUAAGGUUUGUUUUCGAGGUUUAUUAGUUUGAUUCCGCCAAGUCGUGAAACGCAAUAAUUCAGGCUGAAUAAUUACAGAUAAUUAAUAAACACGGCCCAAAGAAAUAAAUUGGAAACCGUCCAGGGGAGGAAGCCAAGAAGAUGAAAUGUUACAAAAGGACAAUUUGUCCAAGUCUCAGGUCUAUGUGGCCCACAGUUUCUGAGUUAUUUGGCAAAACAUCUCACGCAUCAUUAGAGCUUUACCAGUUCGUCUAGAUAGCAGCAACAAUAUGGAUAGCCACAUAAACACCCGGCAUAAACAUAACAACUUUAUUUAAUUUUCCAUACAUGUUUCAACAGUACAUCCGUCAUCUUCAGUGUUACAUAUUUUGAAAUCGCUUUCCAAGAAUGUAGACGCCAUACGUGUGUACAGUUUUGGUACACAAAUAUGGCCGCCGGAAAUCAACAAAAAUAUCUGGAGUUAUCUUUUUCUGUAAAAGCUCUUUCCUUUCUCUCGAGAGCUAGCAACAAGCUAGGUGCACAUAAACAGAUCUUCUAAUACUUAAAAUGAUUAACUGCUGAAAAUCAAGAGGAGAGGCUCUUUUUUCGACGAGAUGGCAUUCGUAUUUUGUGUCACACACUGUGAAAACUCAGAAGUUCAAAUUGCGGUAGUUGUGAAGUGAAGCAUGCCACGGGACUUGAACCUUGUGCAAGGAUUUAUUUUUUGUUUAUUUUCAACCUUGCCUAAAUGAGAAUUUGUAAAACCUUGCUAUUUUGACUUCACAAUUUGAUGACGUCACUGUGAAAACCACCUGUAGAUGUUUGUAUGACAAGUUAAGCCUAGGUACGUAUUUCUUGGUGUUGCGGAAACUAUUGUUGAUUAGCUAGCUACUGGUAUUGUGUUGUGAUGUGGGUGUUUUUCAGUGUCUUUUCAAUCUUUCGUAUUACCUUGUUAGUGAUUGCAACCGUCCGCAACACCAAGAAACUACCCAAAAGUUUAAUUUGUGCCCUCCAUUGUGCAAAUAGCCUGUGAAUACAGGUGUCCGUCUCUCCUAGCUCCUUGCCACUGGGGACGUUUGGCAGGAGAAACGUCUACGAUUUGGCCCCAAAAGUUCCGUACUGGUAAUGUAGAUUUGUACAGAAUCUGGUCAACAAAUGCUGACUGGUCGCUGGUAGUAGUUAUUUUCUUUUAGCCAUUUAUAUUCGAAUUACAUCGGUACAAAAGACAACCGGUCACAAAGAUAAAAUCUAAAGGCGAUAAACAACUAUUAGUUUUUAGCUGCUUAUUAGUCUGUGUGCAGACAUCCCCCUACUCCACAUUCCAGGGAAACGGGAACACGAUUAACAACAACAAUUCACAGAUGUCUCUCUCCCUGAUUUUUUCUGAGCGGAAGGGGGCGUCUGUACACAGGCUCGCUGUUUAUCAAUAAUUUAAUAGAUCAGUGUCCUUACUGUUUGGUAUGUUCUGUAUACCACUUUUAGAAACAUGCAUUUCCACAUACUAAUAUUUCAUUAAAAAACACAGAAUGUAAGCAUUAGCACGGAAAUUAGAAUUUUUUUGUGUCAUUAUUUCUUGUUGUACCUUUACUGAUUCAGAAAGGAAUGAAAACCACCAGACUUUCGAAAAAGAGUAUUAUAGUUUCUGCACUAUUAAUAAACACAGGCAAAGGUCAGCAGAGGUGGAAAACAUUCUAUUAUUUAGCUUUUCCCUUGUAAGCUUUUCCUCUGAUAAAUUGCCACCGACAACUACUUCACAGUUUGUGCUAUUUUCCCCCCUCUUCCCUCUGAUCAGACAACAUACUCCAAAUGCCUUUAAAACACAAUACUCGUCACAUUACUUGGGACAGUGGUGAUAUUUCCUGCCCCCUCAACAUUGUUUUUUGCGAGUUGGCAUCAUGGAAGCCAAAAAAUUCAACACUUGGAGGAAAGAAGCACAGCUUUUUGUCGGAAUAUGGGUACGGCACGGGAUGUCCCAACUUAAUUUGACACAGGUUGUAGCUGGUUUUCACUUGCAAAAGAGCUAUUUCAUGAAGUAAAUAAUGUUCCAUCAUUUUCAUUUCAGUGGGACUUGUGAGAAAAAAAUAGGUUCUAAAGCCAUUGAGCAAACUGCCAAAGGUUGAACUUGUUGAUAGGCUUUAGCCUAUUAGCGCAAAAAAGUCUCUUUAAAUAUUUGCAAUAAAUAUUUUGUCAAGUGAGCAUAAAUGAGUUCUGAUGCUUAAAACUAAAACUCAAGUCACCUCUUUUGCACAUAAAACUUUGUCUAAUGCCCUAACAAAAUUGUAAAAUUUUCCUGUAGAAACAUGUCUUUAGGGAAUCCCCUUAAAAGCCAGUGCCUUGUGAUCCACCUGAUUGGCAGUCAAAGCAUUUUUUCUGAAUAAGGCACACAAGCGUACAAAAAUUCCAGCUAUGCAAGGCUGUGCUCGAAGAAUAAUUGAGGCGCGCCCAGUUCUUUCAACCUGUGGAAUUUAAGGUGGUUAUAAGCCAUGGGAGUAUGGGCAGAACAUUAUGGUAUUAUUAGUUUUAUUUUGUUUUCAUUUUAGGGAGAUAGCUAAAGAAACAGAUCUUCCUCCAAUUCAUGUUGAGGCAGUGACAUUUAAGAGCAUUCUAUUGCAGGCUCUUGAUUCUUUACAUGGCAAGGUACCAGGCUAAUAGCAACAAUUUUUUUAUUCCUAGCUUCUCACUAGAUGAGUUUAUGUAUACACUAUGUGUUCAUUUAGUUCAAAUUAGAAAGAGAGCAUGUGUUUGUCUGUUUAUGUAGAGGAUUUCAUCUGCUCACGUUAGAAUAAUGACCAUAGAUUAACUAAUUUAUAAUACACAAUGUAGUUAGAGAGUGAGAUGAGGGGUAAUUAUAGACCUAGUAAUUAAGUAUAAGUACCGAUAGAGUGCACACGUAUAAAAGUUCAUAUAUCUGUUAAUGAUCAUUUAACAAAACAGAUUGGUGCUGCCCUUAAUGUUGACAUCCUUAAAUUUGAUGCGAAGUCAAUGGAAGCCAUAGUAAGAGUAAGAGAAAGGUCAGUGACUGCAGAAGAAUACUCUGCUUGAAAGAACAAUGCACUUUGAACUUCCUUAAAACAACUACAUGUCGUACCUUUCUUUCCAGAUUGUUGGGUGGCUCAUGCAGUGACAGGUUACACUAUGCAUUUUUACACUAAACUAGAACAUAGGGAGGGAGGGAGGGACGGUUAGAGUUUACGUCUCCACUCUGCAUCUGAACAAAUGUGACGCACUUGAGCGAAGCGCUUGUUUUAUGGACCACUAAUAUGGUCUGGACCCCCCUCUCCCCUUCCCCCCCAUCAGACCUGUUGUGUUUUAAUACUUUUACAGGAUCAUUUAUCACGAUUCAACUGAUUGAUUUUUUUUAUUGAAAUGCGUUAUAUAUUUUGGCACAAUUAAACUGAAGACAUACAUGUAUUAAAAAAUGUAAUUUUGGAAGGGUACCCUCUAAUGGCCUGCUCGUUUCAACUCGUAAAGCAGCGAUGGCCGACUGGCGUAUAACUGCAAGGGGGAGGAAGCUGGGGUACCGUAGUAUGGGGUUGAAGUAAUUUCCCACAAACAUAGCCUGCGUACGUAGCUAGCAUUUUUUUUGGUGUGUUUUUUCUUUUGUGCUUUGUAAAGUAAGAGAUACAACCGCGCGAAAGCUGAUCCGAGGACGAAAAAGAAAACGAUGGCGGAGUGGGGUGAGGGGAGAAGGCAGUGAGAAAAACCACCUGCAAUCAGCCCCUUGAGGUUUCUGAACCAGUGUCCGCUUUUUGAACAGCAUUCCUGAUUGACCAACAGAAUGUCAACCUGUCAGCAGAUGUCAGAUUCCCAGUGGAUACAAACUUCAAAGGAAUACCGUCGGUUGUAAUGGGGCUUGCUGCUUCUGACCCAUCCUCGGAGACCCAGGGGCAGAUAAAGGGGGCGAGGGAAAGUCUAAACGGGCGGAAAAAUAUAUACGGAACGAAAAAAAGUAAAGAAUGGCGAGAAGAGCCCCUGGGGACAAUGUCUUACCAGACUAGUUCCAAACGGUCGCCCCCGUUCUAGCUUCUGAUUGGUGCCAGAAAACUUGUGUUUUUCUGGCACCAAUCAGAAGCCAGAACGGUGGCGACCGUUUGGAACUGGUCUGGUAAGACAUCGUCCCCAGGGGCUCUUCUCGCCGUUCUUUACUUUUCUUCGUGCCACAUUUUUCCGCCCGUUUAGACUUUCCCUCGUCCCCACUAUCUGCCCCUGGGUCUCCGAGGAUGCUUCUGACCUGAUUUGCGUUCGCUCAAAAAAAAAUUCAUUGUCAGGAUUUGACACGUUAAGAAGUUUUGUGGUUCCAAAACUCCAAAAAGUAAUUCUUAAAAGCAAGCGUGCUGUUUCUCGUACAUGUAUUAGUGAAAACAACUCAAGUCAGUCGCCUUGCGUGAGAGAUUUGUGUUUGUUAAUCUUUAGACGCCAAGAAGUUCUGCACUUCUUAAACUAAAAAAAAUUUAAAAAGAAUAAUUACGAGAAAUGUCUCUGGAAAAGGAGAAAAAAUACCUUGCACAUUUGUUACAGCGAAAACAACCGAAGCCAACAGUCGCUUUGUGUGUGAACUUUUCCUUUUGUCUUAUCAAGUGUCAGUAAUCAACAUUCGUCACUACAAACGAGACUUUAUUUGAAAAGAAAACAGUACAGAUCAGAAAAAGAGACAAUUGAUCAUUCCAAUUCCAGUAAGGAAAAUUACCGUAAAAUUCCGAAAAUAAGCCCCUCCAUGUAUAAGCCCCUCCAAAUAUAAGCCCCCCAAACUCAUAACGCAAAAAACGCUCCGUUAAAUUGCCCCUCCAAAUAUAAGCUCCCCCGGGGGCUUGUACUUGGAAAUUGCCCUCAAAUACAAAGUAAAACAAAGCAAAAACGGUAAAUUUCCUUCCAACUAUAAGGCUUGCCCAAUCGAUUUUGAAACGUACAUUCCCCUCCGUAGACAAGCCCCUUCGAAUAUAAGCCCCUCCAAAAAUAAGCCCCUCAAAAAGGGCCUUUGAAAAAUAUAAGCCCCGGGGCUUAUUUUCGGAAUUUUACGGUAUUUCCUAAAUAACGAAAGCGCUGAUAAAAAACAUUAACCCAUUCGCCCCUGAACCUAACCCUGAACCACCCGUAACUGCUGGUGUGGAUUCACGUCCCUUCCCCCGCUUGUGACAUCAUCAGUUUUAAUGGUCAAGGACAACUUUGUCCACUAACCUGUGCAGAGUAAAGAGGUCUUUCAAAGCAUACCAAACGGAGAACAAUGCAAAAAACCAUGUAACAUUGACCAGAAAAUUUCCACGAAAAUCUUGUUCCACUACUGACCUGCCUUUUCUUCCUCUAAUCCUAAAAUCCUCAAAGCUUUCCCAAAAACGUUUCCCAGCGAAAUGAAGUCUACUAAAUCUCCAGCGAAAGAAAAAAAAGAGGCAAGAAAAGCGAAAAACUAGGGGAGGAGAGAAAGCCAAUAGUAAAAGUGAAGACUGCCGUGUCUCUUUGCUUUCUGCGCAUCCCGAACGUUGCAAGCCAAUAUUUUGCAUCUGGAUCAGAAGGCUGCGAAGUGUACGACCUGUAAACGGCUUUGUGGUAAGUUUUAGCCCGGGCGGAUAAAUGUUGGGCGGUGAAACGAGCGCUCCGCUCUUCAUUUAAUGAGUGAUGCGGAGUAGGACUGGCACGAGCGCUCUUUCCGCGCUUCCGGUGCGCUUGGAGGCCGGCGACAUUUUCUUUUUUGCAAACCGGAAAUCCUAUUUUCUUUUUGUAAUUUCAGGCUACAAUGUUACACAGAUAAAUUCGUUCCAUAGCAAUAUCAAUAAACAGUUUCAUAUGUUUGUGUCUGUAUGCCUAUAAGUCAAAUUUGUUGGUCGUAUAAAGCCAAAAUUUGAGUUUCAUUUGAAAGUGUUGAAUACCUCCUCCUUCCCCUAAAUAUCAUCUAAUCGUCUUUCGCCGUUUCGUUUGCAAAAGCUUAACACUUCUUAACCUCAAUUUUUACAUAUGUUAAAUGGGGAUAGAUUUCAUGUAACAUAACUAAAAAUUAGAUUGAUAUAUUUUGAUAUAGUGGCGUUCUACUGCUUCAAACUUUGCUUCUCGGGUGCAACGCGCCAUGGCGAUUCGCGCUAUGGUCGCAAAUCCGGCAACGGCAUGUAAACAAAAUUUAUUGAGGUUAGUUCUAAGGUUUUUUUCUCCGUUUUUCUCUCUAAAACAAAACAAGGUAAAAAGUAAAAACUGACGGGAAACUAAUUUUGAAGUUUCGAAGAAACAGAAAGACGUGUGAGAUGUUUUUUUCAAAAUUAAAAAGAAGGAUGAGGGUGAUUGAAAUUAGCAUAAUUUCACCUUGCACGAGCUGCACGCAUUUAUAAAACACACGUCAUCUAGUUGUGAAACACGAUCAUAGGCGUAUGGGCAAUUUUUUGCCAGAGGGGGCGGUAAACCAUUUGCCCAAAAAAUUCUCGCAAGUUGCCCAAAUUUUUACGAAACAGUAGAAAAGAAACGAGGGCCAUACGAUGCAAUAAUUUAGGCCGUACUGACAUACGAAGGUGGCUCGAUACUAUGACAGUUUUUCAGGGUCAAUGCCUCCCAAUUUUGAGAAUAACUACGUCGUCAUAGACAAACAUUUGGAAAAAUUGCUACCAUAGUUUUAUUAGAUAAAGAUGAAAAUUUGUCAUGAGCAGGGUUUUAAUGACAUCAGAAUUGUCAUCGCAACGAAAUGACGUUGUCUAUUUUACUUGCAGCAAUAUUUCUCGGCACUGGGAACUGUUCCUACAAAAAUGUUCACGGGAGCUUUUUUCUCCAAUGGUCGCCUCCAUGUUCGUGAAGUUAAAACGGAAUCUAGAGGAGUGUUAUUGGGAUAUUUUGGAUGAAGGAUGAAGUUUUUAUCGUUAUAAAUAUGGUAAAAAAAAAUCUUGAUGUUUGGCCGUUAUUUGUAGAAAACGAAGCUUUUUUGACAUGCAAUUUCACCUCAUAGUAGCUUCAAUCUUUUUAAAAACGUGUGUAAAAGAUAUGAUCAUGGAGAUAGCUCCGGCCGAUUGCUAGAGACAAGGAUUUCAUUAGUAUGUAUCGAGGCGCUCUUGUUGGCGGUUUGGUAAACAUUUCGGUCUACUUUAAUAAAUUAUUGCUUGAUAGAUUUUUAAACAAAUUUAAUAUUCUUCUCGUAAUUCGAGCUGAGUACUAGUCAGCCACUUCUUCAUUUUCAGACCCACUGUUGCUGAUGCUAUCUGCCAUACACUGUUCUACGAGCGGAGAUGAUUCUUGAAAGAUAUGCGGAAGUUUAUUCUAAUCAAUUCACGACUGGAAAAAGCCCAUUCCAGUCAGUGCAGUGCAGUACAGUGCUCAAAAAUAAAAAACUAUAGAUAUGUAAAUCAACAAAUGAUACCCUUCCCUAUAACCAGAAAUUCAUCACGUGCUAGGAAACUACUGUGAGUGUCUCGAGAGAAAGUAACUGGAUUAUUACGCUGACUUCAGGAUUUUUUCAGAUCAAAGUAGAAAAUAUUUGUCUCUUUAGACUAAUAAAAAACAUGGAAACGUCUUUAAAAACUGGCUUUGCCCAAAUUUUCUCUAGCUGCCCAAAAAAUCUGAGUUGCCCAAAAUUUGGGGGGGCUGCAGCCCCCCCCCCCCCGGCCCGUACGCCUAUGAACACGAUCUGCUGUCUUUUAGUUUUGCCGUGGAUGACAAGGAUGAGAUUUUCCUUCCUGUUUUAGACAGUACUUAGUUGAUUUUGUUUUGGAAUAACAUUGACACUGGCGAGUAGUAGAACGAAAAUAUAAUUCAGUGGUAGAGUCAUGAAAGUAAUAAGAGAAACCCUUUGAAAGAGAUGUUUGUCUACUCCAAUUAACUCUUCCGCAAAAAUAGCAACAUUUGCCUCUCGGAGACAGCGUACCAGCACAAAGGAACGAAGAAGAAGUGCAAGAAAAAAAAUCAAGCCGCCAUAAUUCAGUGAUAGCGGCAGUGUCUAAUGGACAAACCACAUCGCAAGCCCUGACCGAAAUCGAAAACAAGCAACAAGCGACAUUUCUAAGCAGAGUCCCAGUCCACUGCAUCACACCUUUUUGCUCGGACGCGCUCGUUUCACCGCCCAACCUUUAUCCGCCCUGGUUUUAGCACUUUAUAGCACGACAGUGACCAGAAAACCGCUGGACUAGCUUCAAAACGCGUUUUUCAGCAAAAUUUACAGGGGGGCGAAUGGGUUAGACGGUCAUUAACAACAACCCUUUGGUGCGACAGUUUGUCUGCUGACGUCAGACUUUAAUUGCUGGUUUGCACGUGACGUCACAUGCGGCCAUGUUGGUGGUCAAGGACAAAAGCAUUUCUGUCCUCUAUUUUCAUGUAAAUUCUGUGCGAAAAAAUUCUAUUGUUUUGACCCCCAACAUGCCGCCUUGCCACGUGGUUGCAAACUAAGAAUACAUGUCACAUCGCACGUAAGCCAAACUCCUCCUUUCACAAGAGUGGAAGGAGCAUUUCAAAAAUCUCAAGAGGUUGAUUGCAGGCGGUUUUUCUCACUGCCUUCUCUCCUUGCCUCCUCCCCCAUCGUUUUCUGUUUCGUCCUCGGUUGAGCAUUCGCGCCCCUUACUUUGCUAACCACAAAAGAACACCAAAAAACCGCCAGCUAUGAAGGCUACCACAAACAAUGUUUCAACAUGCAGUGUUUUCUGAAUCAAAGAUUGGACCCCCCAGUAAAAAAAUUCCUGGAUCUGCCCCUGCUUUACUAGUUAAUUAAUUAUCAUUAAUAAACGAUAUCUCUUGUUAAACUUGCAGUAUACGGUGAAGGUAGAAGCAGAUACCUGCAGGAUAUUUGCUGGUGUCUGUUCAUCUCCAAAGCUUGAAUCCACUGUUGGUUUUUUAAGAAGUAUAUUGCCAAAAUUUGACUAAUUUGAUAGGGGUAUACAAGUAUUUGUAAUUUGGUAAACUCUGUUUGAUUGAACAUGUUAAUAUAACAGUAUAUGUCACAUUGUUUCUUUCAUUUUAGGGGGCUGGUAAAACUUUGGAGUGCCAUGACACUGUUUAGUUAUUAUCAGGAUAGACAGUGUGCAAUUACCGUAAUUCAGGUAUGAAAAUGUUACAAACAUGAAGUCUACCGUUAAGCUCAGUAGACCUUUUCACGGUUUUUUCAACUUUUGACAUGGACAAAUUGGGAAUAUCCGUCGACGCAACUGGAAAGAGCGCCUUAAUAUUAGUAAAACUGCCAAAUUUGUAGGUGAUGCGUCUUAAGCAAGAGAAGAUAUAGGCCCGCAAAGUUGAGAAAAUGUACAGACGUUUGUAUGGUGGGGGGGGGGGGGCAAGUUUGUCACGACAACCACCAUACAAACGUUUGCAAAAUUUCGCGACUUUGAGGAGCUAUACCUUCGUUUCAAACUUUCUAAUCUUAAGGCGCUCUUUUCAGUGGUGUGGACGGAUUUCCCAAACUUGUCCAUGUCAAAAGUUGAAAAAAACUGUGAAAAGGUCUAUAAGCAAGAGUAGUUAAGGGGUACUUAAAGGGUCAAUUUCCCAGAGUUCAUUUUCCCUUCUAAAAGUGAGAAAAUGUAUGGGAAAAAGUAAAAUGGGUUAAGGAAUUCACAAUGUAAUAGGAAGAAUGAGAAAUAAAGGAAAUAAUUGUAAUACUAGUAAUUAUCAUUAUUAUUAUCAUAAUAAAAAUACACAUCGUAAAAAGGUGGAGCUUAUUUUGAAAUUUAAAGUAGUGUAAUUACUGUGCACCAUAAAUAGGCGGAGCAUUAAACACUUCAAAUGUAAACAAAACGUAAUAAAAGUUCAACCGUUAAAUAAAGUCGGGUGUAGCAACAAACUAAAACGCUGGUAUUAAAGGAUGGCUGGAAAAAAAUAUUUAUGGACUUUUUUGAAUACCUUUCGGGUCAAUUAUUUACCAUCAGGGUAUAAGAUUGCCAAGUAGAGCAGAAAUAUAUGCCAAUUAGAAAGGAAUGAAACAUUGGUUAAAAGAGAGGGGAGAAUCAAAGAUGGACCACAUGCUUGAUGAAGUUUUCUUUUUACUGAAGAUGGAAGAAGAAUAAGAAAGACAGAUCGUGUUUUCUUCUGAGGUUGUACUGGUGCUGGUUCUUCCAACACUUUCUCUGGAUCCUUCUCUGUUUUCUUUUUGCAUUUUGGUAUCUCACCGUCCAAAUACUUGAGCCACUCUGUAUUUGCGUCUUCAAGCUGUUGGAGCGUUUCUAGUUUAAUAGAUCAAAUUGGAAACCGUCCAGUGGAAGAAGCCAAGAAGAUGAAUGUUGUAAAAGACUAAUUUAUAGACGAUUUGUCCAAGUCUCAGGUCUUUGUGGCUCACAGUUUUUGAGUUUUUUGCCGAAACGUUUCACGCACCUUUGUAGAGCUUUGUAUAGAGACGCCAUAGUGGUGCACCGUUUUGGUGCACCAAUAUGGCCCCCGGAAAUCAACAAAAACAUCUGAAGUUCACUUUUCUAGAAAAGCUCUUUCUUUUCACUCGAGAACUAGCAUACGCGCAUAUAAACAUAUCUUCUAAUACUUGAAAUGGUUAUACUGCUGAAAAUCAAGAGGAGAGACUUUUUUUCAACGAGACAGCAUUCCUAUUUUGGUGUCACGCACUGUGAAAACUCGGAAGUUCAAAUUGCUGUAUUUUCGAAAUGAAACAUGCUACAGAACUGGAAACUUGUACAAAGAUUUAUUUUUUGUUUAUCUUCAACCUAGUGUUAAUAAGAAUUCGUAAAACCUCUCUAUUUUGACUGUACCAUUUGAUGACGUCACUGUGAAAACCAUCUAUACGAGCUUGACAAUUUUUAAGUUGUUCGUCGGUAAAUUUAUAGUUGAUCUUGGCAAAACCAGGCGGAACGGUAAACGGGGCUUCGGAAAGGUUUGUACAUAUUUCAAGAAACUCAUCGUAUUAAACCUUUGCGAACAUCAGCCAUGACGUGUCCAAGGUGAAUCAUGAUACUUGCUUUUACUCUUUGACUUGCACAUAUUGAAGUUUGGACGUGUGCCAAAAGCCCCAGACAAUAAUUGGCUUGAGCAUUGAGUAGGUUCAACCACAUUGUAUCCAUCUUCUUCUCUUCUGUCCGCGGUAAAUUGUUAGUGUAAUCUACUUCGUACGCCAUUGGUGCACUAAAGAAUGUUUGAGUGGACUGUGAUAAAUUGGACAUAGUCACAAUGAGUUGCUAUCUCGGCCCGGUUGUUCGAAAGUGGUUCAAGAUAACACAGGCUAAGUGCGAAAUUUGAACUCAGAUAUGAGAGAUAUAUGAGAGCUUAAAAAGCAAAUUCAGUUUAAUUCUCUUUGCCUACAAUUUGAUGAUUGGAUACUCUAAAAAAAUAUAGAAAAUUAUCCGAGAGAGUGCCUUUGAAGAAAAGAAAUAGAAGCCCGGGUUAAAGUUUAACCCUGGGUUAGCGCUAACCGGCGUUCGAACAACGAGGCUCAGAACUAUCAAUGCAUAAUAUGAACUUACAUUCAAGAAAGUUUUCUGCACACAUGACAGCGCCAUGCGCCUUUUUACAGUGUAGACACACCCAACACACAAAAAAGCUCCGUCCACUUACGAUGUUAUUAUUGUUAUGAUUAUUAUAAAUCUCUAUUUUCUCCUGUUUCUCAUUCUCUCCCUAUUGCCACCAUUUUGAAUUCAUUAACCCAUUCUACUUUUCCCAUACAUUUUCUCACUUCAAAAUGGGAAAAUGAACUCUGGGAAAUUGAUCCUCAAACUACCCUCUUAACUACUAGCACGCCAUACUCACGCCAGACAAGUGCUAUAAAAAAGACACAGCAAUCAUGUAGAGCAACAAAAUGUGGUGGGAAAUUAAAGAAUCAUGGCUGAAUAAUUUCUUAACGAAUUGGGAUUUUCAAAUACUGUAUAUGUCACACGUUUGACUUAAUCUUUUCGUGUUUUUUUCUAAGGUGAGAGUGGCUGUACACAGGCUUGUCUCGUGAAAUGUGAUUUUUUUUCCACUAGAAUUGAAGAAAAAAAACAUACCGAUUAUGUGAGUUCAGAAUAUUGUCUUUCUACAAACUUUGAGCUCAGUCAGGUAAAACUGCAAACACAGUUGCUAAAGUGCAGUUUCUUGCUGUCUGCCUACCCCGGAUGACUGUUUUCAGACCAUUUCGGUAUAUAUGAAUUAAAAGCGAACGUUUUUGGUUAACUGAAUGGACCGCCUAUUUGAACAUACAUUUAAGGCAUAGUAUUGUACAGUCCCUGCAUAUUAAUUUUGUCGAUUUUGAUGCUGUGUUUUCAUAGGUCUCUCCUCAUUUACUCAGCCUUGCUGUUGACAGUAGACAUUGGAAAAUAGAAGAUGGCGUCACUACCAAAUAACAAUAAACACAGUGUGCACUGAAAAAAAGAGAAACAAAUUUCAUGCACCCUUGAAAAAGCAAAACUGGUUUUCAUCAAAGGGAAAGUUUCUGUCAUAAUGAUGUUCAUGUUAUUAUCAAGUAAUAUCUGAGUUACCACCAUCCUCUACCAUGCAGUGUCCUGAGAGUGAUCAGUCAUUUAACUUGUGUUGCUGGCUGAUGGUCACCACUCUCUGAACGAGUUUUUUGGUGACAUGUACAUUGAGCUUCCAAAAAAUAACGGCAAUUUCUAAGGAAAUUUGGAUAUUGUCGCAACAGGCUACCAUAAAAACAAACAAGCAAGUGUAAAACAUGUUUUAUUGUAAAGUUUGUGGUUUCAUUAAAGGACGAAAAUAGGAUUUGCCGUUUUAUGUCAUACCGG